AUGACCAUCCCACGUCGCUACUUCAAGAUCUUGCAGGCGCUCACAGCGUCGGCCGCUAGUGGCCAGCGAACGGUCCGCUGGGGAGAAUUUCACGGCUUGUUCAAGACCUAUUUUGAGUUCGAUGUGCAGCGCGGCGGCAACAGAAAGCACGUCUUCACGCCGCCCAUCGACGGCGCCAACGGCCGCUGGGCUUUCGGGCCCAAAAAAUUCGUCGCUUACAAGCCGCAAGACAAGGAGUUCUCGCCGCAGGACAUGGCUGACCUUAGGAAGACCCUGAAGGAAGCCUACGGCUGGGGCACCGAGACCUUCUCCCGCCGCUAG